ACAGCCAGGCAGGUUAUCAAAGGGUUUAGAAAAGGUUUAGGGAACGUUUCGUCGCUUCACAGUUUGGAAAAACUUCAAUGGAGGAAGUUAACGGAGAUAACCGCGACGGUGUGCUACAGCGGAGAGUGGAGGAUAUCGUGAGUCAACAUAUGGCAGACAUUGCUGUGGAAAGCCUCCGGCAGAGGCUGGCAGCUGUGACCGAGGAGGUGAAAAGUCUGGCCGAACAUGUCUCCAGACGCUCCGGAGGGGAGGAGAUGAAAGAGGAGUCGCAGCGAGGAGCCGUGAGCUUCGGCGUAGAGCCGCCGCUGUCCUCCGCCUGCAGCUCCACAUCCACAGAGACGGCUGCUCAGCGGAAGAUCAUCGCCCUGCUGGUGGAGAUCAAAGAGGAGCAGCAGAGGCAGUGGGUGGUGCUGAGGGACCUUCAGGCACAACUCCAGAGUCAGACCAGCUACGAGGAGGAGGAUGUGGAUGCUCUGGACUUGGAUCUCCCCCUGAUGACCCUGGAGCAGCUGGAGGAGAUGGAGAGACAGCUGGAUGAUGAAGGAGUACAGAAGAGGAUGGUGUCUUAUUUGUCGCGGAUGGGCGGGGCCACGGUUGACGAUGCAGUGAGACGUCUGAUGCGGGCUGUGAUUUCAUUCGCUGUUGGUGCUGAGUUUAACUGGGUGGGCCGCGGGCAGAAGAGGAGCUUCGGGAAGACUCGCCUCCAAGGGGUCCUUUUCCGUGCUCUGAAGCGAACACCAGUGGGUAAAGAGGCCACGCAUCACCAGUUCGCCGGUGUGGUGAAGAAAUGGCUGCGGUUUGCUCCGUUCAGACAGGGAGGGACCGGCCGGCGCUGCUACAACCCGCCUGUUGAGUUUUCUCAUUCUGUUGAGUUUCGAAAUUCUGAGGAAAAAGACAGUUUUGAUCAAAGCUGCACACAAUGACCCAAUUUCUGUCUCUCAUUAGGUAUCUCCAGAUACUGAAACAGGAGCGUUUCCACUCUGAAUGAUAUCCACGGGUAAAUAUCCACGUGAAAAGAAAACACUGCAUGAAUAGGCUGCUGUUCUAAAAGCGAUAUUGGUAUUUUUUCAAGACCCCUGCUCACUGUAAAUAAACAGAGGGACACUUUCUGUUUCAGUGAGCUGUGUUCUAGAAAUCAAGUCUGUCAGUGCUGUGCCUUUCAUAUAAAAAUGUAAAUAUUUGAUGAGAAUGCAGGCUCUUUUUUUUUUUUUAGAUAUUCUCCAGUGCAGUGUUAGUUGUCUGUGAGAGGAUAUACUGUGUGUUAGGAUGAAACCAUCCACUGUAUGAAUCUUCCUUUAUGUCAAAGCAUUGUUUCACUUUAUGUACACAAAUAAUAUUUUCUCCCUUUUUUAUUGUCU